CGGGAAUAAACCCCAUCGGAGAUGGUUUAAGAAGAUCCAGAAGAAGCUCCAAUAGCACAAGAAACAUCUGUUAGGACCAACAUAAUAUCAGCUGUGGCAACCACGAGGAGGCAUAAUCUACCGACGUCGGAUUCCGGUGCCUUCACGGACUGGACGGCGGCGGCAACGACGACGACAUCUUCCCGCGCCACCGAGGAUCUAUCUCUUGGUUUCAAUGCUGGUCCCGCCGUUGUCCACGGUGGUUUAGCCUCAGCUUCCGCCGCCGCCGGCGUUCCAUCAUGGCCUCCUGGAUCCUCUGUCCGUUACAGCCUCCCGUCGUCGGCGGCGACGGAGAUGGGCAUGGUCGGUCUAAGAGACGUCUACCUUGUUGCUCCGGCGUACCACCACCACCAGAACGUUGGACUUGUAGCUGGAUCCGAUCAGAUUAACAGUAAUGCAGCGGCGGCGUCGCUUGGCGUCGGAGUUAUUCCUCUUCUCACAGCGGCUCAGGCGCAGCAGCAGCAUCAAAUCGUGGAGGACACCGACAUUAACUUCCUCGGAAACAGCCGGAGAUGGCAGAACAAUGACAGCAGCAACAACCAGACGGAGUAUCUUCACUUCAAGAGUACGACGGUGGCCUCGACUUCGAACAACUCGGGGUCGGGCUCAGCGGGAACCGCCACGUGUCAAGACUGUGGUAACCAGGCCAAGAAAGAGUGUAAGCAGAGGCGGUGCAGGACGUGCUGCAAGAGCCGUGGCUUUGAUUGUUCGACUCACGUGAAGAGCACGUGGGUCUCUGCGGCUCGUAGGAGAGAGAGGCAGGUCAUGCCCACAACGGCUGGCUCGUCUCCUUCGACCUCCUCAGGGACCAAGAAGCCGAGGAUCGCCGGGGCUCAACAACAAGCCACUUCUCAUACUUCAACUUCUAACACGCCUCCUCAAAGUUUCGAUACCAGCUCCAGCCAAAAAGACGGAGGGUCAAGGGAAGCGUGGCCGGGACAAGUUAAGGCCGCAGCGGUGUUCAAGUGUGUGAAAGUGACGGCAAUGGAGGACGGGGGCGACGAGUACGCUUACCAGGCGGUGGUGAAAAUCGGUGGCCAUAUCUUUAAAGGCUUCUUGUAUGAUCAAGGGCUUGAACCUAAAGAAGGUUUUCCUAAUAUGUCGGAUUUGCAUUUAGGUGGGGGAGCCAGUAACCACAACGGUGUGUCUGCCUCGCAGCCUAUUCUCGACCCGCCAAAUGUCUAUGGUGGUGGUGCAGGCGCUGGGUUUUACAGUUGAACCAUAUCUAUUAAAAAAAAAUCCAACUGGGGUUGGAUACAAAUGAAUAGUUCACUAACUCUAUUGUAUGAAUUGUUCAUGUGGACGAUACUACUUUCUAAUGCUGGAACUAAAAUUCUCGGCAGAAGUUUUUUACCUUAAUUGGUGUUGGAAUGUUGUUUUUAUUUA